CCCCACUUCGGCUGCUUCUCGAUGGGUGAAUCAGGCUCACGUCGGUCCACACUUGUGUCCCGCCUGCCAAUCUUCCGCCGCAGCAGCAGUAAGAGGCAGGACUCCCUCCCCUCCUCUCCCUCUUCAGGUGGACAGGGCAAUGGCGUCCACACCUCCUCACCCUCCAGCACCAACUCCAGUUCAGGCAGCACGGGGAAACGCCGCAGCUUUUUCAGAACUCCAUCCCUCAAUUUAUCAGCUAAACGGAAUAGUGAUCCACGUGUCAAGCCUAUCAACCUAAACCUCACCCCCCCACUGACACAGAGCACUGACGCAAAUGGAAAUGACCAGCAGAUUUCAACGUCAUCGUCAACGGGGUUCAGUGAAGGUGGUGGACGCCCAAAGUCACGCCACUCCUUUGGAUUCGGCAGCCACAAGCAAAAGAAGAUCUCCCGCUCUCAGACGGAGGACUUUGAAAAAGCGUCCUCUUCUUCCUCCUCCACAGCCAAUCGAAAUGUCUUUACAAACUGUAUCAGUGGCUCAGGGGCCAAUGAGGGUGACGACUCUGGGUUCCUGGAUGACUACAGUGGAGGUAGUAAUAGCAAACGGUCGUCACGGAAGAAAACGCUGCUGCCCAAAUCUUUCUCCGCUCACCACCGCUUCUCCCGGACCUCCGACCACCACAGACCUCCAGAAGUGAAUCUGGAACCUCCGAGCUCCACCACCAUCACUCCGGGGGCCGGCGGCCUCACCCCGGGCUCAUGGCCAGGGGAGCUUGGUGCCGGUGGGGAAAGCUCACUCCAGUCCCCUAUGAUAUCAGAGGACCGAACCACAGCCAUCACCCCUUCAGAGUUCAUCCCCAUCACGGAGGAUUCUGUGUCUGAGGUGGAUGCUCUGCCAGCUCCCAGCCCCGGAACCCCUGUAGCCCCUCCUGCCUCUGAGCCCGGGCCAGAUGUCUACCCAGCUCCACCUGAAUCCCCUCCUGAAUCCCCACCUGAAUCCCCACCUGAAUCCCCCCCUGCCCCAGAGAACUUCAGCUUGGUUGUUUCUUCAUCCCAGGUCUUCUUCACUCCAGCCCAGUCCAGCACUGAAAAACCUUUACUCCCGGACAUCAGCACAGCAAACAACACAGACUAUGAGACUGCCAUUUCCCUCUCAGAGCCGGAGACAGCUGUACCCUGCCUACCUCUGCGGGAACAAUCACUGGAAGAGAGAAGGGAGAGGGAGGAAGAGAGAAAGGAAGUGACAGAUGAGUUGUCAGCAGUGGAGAGGAAGGAGUUAGUGGAGAAGAGGAAGGCAGGUUACCAAACAGAGACCACCAGCGAGAGCGAGGCAUGUGUGGUAUUCAGCGAGGGGUGCCACUCUAACCCAGAGCAAUCGGAAAGGAAGGCAAGAAGAACGCGCUCCAUUCAAGAAAGAGGAAGCUUCUGUGGCUGCCACGAGCCAAGGUCCUCUCAUUUGAGGAAACCACAUGCAGCAGCGUCUCUGUGCAGCAGUGUCAGCCCCUAUCAUGAGGUGAUGCGGAUGGAAAGGCGUCUUCGCUCCUCAUCUGAAGGGGCUGGUGGGCCUCGUAUCCAUGGAAACCACAAGGAUGCCCCGGGCAUGGAGGCAUGUGGCCUCCUCAAACACAGAAACAACUCCUCGUCCUCCAAACUGGGCAGUCUGGAUGUUUUGAACUACCUGGGUUCGUCAGAGCUCGAUGAAGAUGAUCUUAUGUUGGACCUGGACCUUUCUGAUGACCAACGACAUCGACAUGUGUCCAGAGAAGACUCCAGUCAGUCCCUGGCUUCCUGCCUCAACCUGCUCCCCUCCCCCCUCGACCCAUCAGGAGAUCGCAUCCCAGGGAAAGAAAUCAAUCAGAGCUGA